UCCUAUUUGUCCAAACCUGUGCCUGUUUUGCGCGUGAGAGAGAGCGAGAGAGAGCGCGCGCGCGCGUGUGUGUGUGUGAGCGAGAGAACUGGGAAGCUCUCGGAAGAAGGGCAUUCUUGGAGAGAAGGAACCUCUGGCGAAGGCAGGCGGGCGAAAAGGGGAGCCGUUCCUAGAUAUAAGGACAUUUCUACCAUCGCCUGCCGUCACGUGACAUAAUUACCACUCGAAUCAAUCAAGAUGAAUUGCACGUCAGCACACGGUGGGAUUUUUCCCCCCUUGGUGGUGGCUGCUCCUGCCCAAAGCCUCGCGCGCAGAUAGAUGGGGCUCCUCCGGCUCCCACGCGCUGGCUCGGCUGCUGCUGCUGCUGCCGCCGCUGCCUGCUCGCCCUCGCCCAGAGGCAGCAGCAGCUGGAGGAGGAGAAGACAUGAGUGACUUUGACGACUGCGGCAGCCACGGGGCAUCCAGCAUGUACCUCCCCGGGUGCGCCGCCGCCGCCGCCGCCUAUUACGUCUCCUCCUCGGAUUUCUCCGGCAAGCCCCCGUUCCUGUCCCAGUCGCCCUCCUGUCAAAUGACUUUCCCUUACGCCUCCAACCUGCCUCCCCAUGUGCAACCGGUGCGCGAAGCGGCGGCGGCGGCGUUCAGGGACUACGCGGGAGGCGGCGGCGGCGGAGGUGGCGGCGGCGCAGGCGGCGCAGGCGGCGGCGGCAAGUGGCCCUACCGAGGCGGCAGCUACGCGCCCAGCAGCUACUACGAGGAGGUGAUGCACGGCAGGGACUUUCUGCAGCCGGCCACCCGCAGGACAGACGUGCUCUUCAAGGCAGAUCCCGUGUGCGGAGCCCACCACCACCACCACGGGGCGGCCGCCGCCGCCGCCGCCGCUUCCGCAGCUGCUGCGGCCGCCGCCGCCGCCGCCAACUUCUACAGCGCAGUGGGCAGGAACGGGAUCCUCCCGCAGGGCUUCGACCAGUUUUACGAGGCGGCGCAUGGCGGAGGCGGCGGAGGCGGAGGAGGCGGCACCCCCUACCCGGAGCCAGAGGGCGACAAGGGCGACCUCAAGCUCGCCAGCAACACUUGUGGCAAAGCUUCCCCGCUGCCCGGCCAGGAAAAGAAAGUGACAAGCGAGGGCAGCGCCGAGUCGCCGUCGGGGGAGGCCCGACCGGACAAGGGCAGCAGCAGCAGCAGCAGCAGCAGCAACAGCAGCACUUCAGCACUUCCCCAGCGAUCCCGGAAAAAAAGAUGUCCCUACACGAAAUACCAGAUAAGAGAACUGGAACGGGAGUUUUUCUUCAACGUGUACAUAAACAAAGAGAAAAGACUCCAGCUGUCUAGGAUGCUGAACCUCACGGAUCGACAAGUCAAAAUAUGGUUCCAAAAUCGACGGAUGAAAGAAAAGAAACUGAACAGAGAUCGACUGCAGUAUUUCACGGGGAAUCCCUUGUUUUGAGAGGACUAAGCGGGGAGCGGAAGGAGGCGAAGGAGACCUCCCUCCCUGGUCCAACCUGCCACCUGAGUGCAAAAAUAAUAAUAAUCAAAAAAAUAAUAAUCAAGAGGUUUACACGACAUCCACCCUGCGGACAAGUUCCCUUUAUUGUUAUUUUUAUUGUUUUUAUUUCACCCAUGCUCAACAGAUCUGGUUCUUCCAAACAGCCCUUGUGUCCACGAGAGGUCUUGGGGCGCUUGGCGGAGAGGAAUCCUCUAAAGGGGGACCAGAAACCGAGAGGGUAAAUCCAAUAGUCCAUUCUAACCUUGUUGUGUGUCGUUGGAGUUUUGGGUUUGGGGGUUGUCGUUUUGUCUGGAUUUCCACUCCCUUUCCAUCCUCUCUCUUUUUCUUUGGUGAAACUACCCACCGUGUUGCUUUAAUUCCCUCCCCACCCACUUCUCCUUAGUUCCUGGCGGAGGCCGCUACUAGACCUCGAAUGUAGAUGGUAGUUAAGAAAGAAGCGCGUUAUGAAGGAGCCGUGUUGGGCCCGCUUUCUGUUGGGUCUGAGAUAGGAGAGAGGGGCUCCUCUCAACUUCCUCCUUUCGUUGUCGUUGUCGAAAAGGUGGUUCUGUGCAUUCGGUAGCUACCUUUACGCACACCAGUAUAGAGAGAGAUAUCUGGUUUCCAUUGCCUUUUUUUGGGGGGGGUUGUUUUUAAAAAGUAGCAGCACGGGACACUGUCGUGCCCAUGUGAACAAAUGGUUCCUAGUAAGGUUGAAGUUGCCUUUUCCGCGUGCGUUAUGAGCAGUGCCAUCUCUGAAGGUCCAUAGUCGGGUCCCUGCUGGUGUCAAGUGAAAUCGACUAAUAGCUGAGAGUGUGGUCCGACCCACCGUUAUGUGCUCCCCUCAUGCCCCUACAUUUCAAAUAAAAAAACCUGUUCGUUCUCUUUUUCUCCGCUAUAAUGAGAAUAAUUUUUUAAAAAACCCAAAAAACAGGAGCAACGUCCCCGGCGGGGUUACCCAGCUUUUGUUAUUUUUAGGGGGAAACUCAACAUGUCAGCCUGGGGGAAAAAUAUGUAUGUAAAUCUAUUCCAUUUGAAUAAGUGGGAGUUAAAAGGUGUUGCUUUUAAAACUCUGUCUGGAACAUAUCCUGUAUUUUAAAAAAGCGCUAUAUUGUAAAGCGCAUCCUGAUCCGACUUACAGUGGAUAUCCACUGUAGUACAAAGUUCUAAUGAACUUUGGGGAGCCGAAACGAACUAGCAUAGCGACUUAGAGUUCCAGUCGAAACGAAACUUCCCACUCCAAAACUUGAACUUAAUUAAGGAUGGGUGACUGGUACUGGGAUAAGGAGGGCAAAUCUUUUAAAAGGUGCUCCUGAUCUUCCACCCUAUAUUCACACACACACAGAAAGGAACAGGAGAAAUAAUCUAAUUAGCCACCAAGCUACCCAGUCUUCAUUAUCAUUAUUAUUCUUAUAAUUAUUACUGUUUUUCCGAGAAGGGUUUGGUGGAGGUCCUCGCCUCUACUUUUAUAUUGCGCGACCUAGCUAGGCUGUUUACAAAACCUUGAACUGUCUAGACAACACCAUAAAAGCUCAGGGUCUAAACAGCUUAAUUGGGUUAUAUUGUACACCUUCUGGUGGCAGAAAAAGAGAUUUCCGCAACGAGCAAUAAAGGAGACGAGUGAGAAAAGAAUUUGGCUUAAAAAAAGGAGGAGAGUAGGGCGUGGGAGGGAGAAGCGGUGGGUCCAUUUUGCAUCAAUUAAAGGCCAAACUGGACGGAUAAAAUGAGAGCGAAACAUAUAAAGCAAACGUUAAGCGUCGAGGCUUCAGGUAGACAUGGCCAAAAAUUAAAACUUGAAACUCUUAAGCAAGGAAAACAGUAAGUGUCUGCCUUUGAACUUCCAAAAUGUCAAGGUCAUCACCUUUAACCUUUCUGAAUAAUUAGGAGCCUUAAAGGUUCCUCUCUUAUUUUCAACCACCACCCACUCUCUCUGUGUGCCUCUUUCCCCCAUUUCUUACUUCCUCCCCCCUCUCUCUGGCUUUUCUCUCUCUCGCACACCCACCCACCCACCACCCACCGCACACACACACACACACACACAAACACACUUCUUACUGCAUAGCUAUCCACACCCGCGAAUCCACCACGUAGGUCUUUGGAGCGCUUCGACUUCCACUAGGAAAUAGUUCAUUUCAUCAGUUCUUACCAGGAGUAUUUGCAGAAUUCUCCAGACUAACCCCAUUGCAGUUUCUCCAGACUAACAGCUUAUUUGCUGCGAAACCUCUUCUAAUUCCUCCUGAAACCAUAUUUAGAAUUCUGUCCCUAGCCGCCCUCCCGCCCCGCAAGGCAUAAGCCACCAUUUCUUCUCAAAUUUUUCUUUUACUGUUUGGUAGUGAUAUACAUACAGAAAUCAGGUCAAUACAUAUUUUUUUUAAAAAAAAAUCCCAAUAGAUAAAUAAAUAAAGUCAAAAGCAACAGUUGCAACUCAGUGCCACUAAAAUAAAUGAGAAUUCGUUCAUGGAAUUCAAUGUGACGCAGAUUAUCCGAAAAAGAACUGACUUGUGAUUUGGAGCCCAUAGGACGUCCAAAUAAUUCAAUUUAUAAUCUCAAGGCGCCUGAAAAAAUAUCCUCUUAACGUUAUAGGAAAAUAUUGUGUGCUUUCCUGAUGCCUUAAACUGUUUUAUUAAAAAGGGGGUGACUUUCCUUAUCAUUUACUCUUCAGUCAGGAAUGUACCAAAAAGGCGAAUCAAUUCAAAUUCACCAACUACAGUUGUCCUAAGACAACUCCGUUGGGUUUUUUCUUCGAAAAAAGCUUUAAUAUAUAGGAAUAGAAAUAUAAAAGCUUUUUUUCGAAGAAAAAACCCAGCAGAAUAAUGUCUCAGAAAUGCAAGAAGAAAGCAUGCAGUGUUUUUUUCAAAUAAAAAAAUUCCCUGCAUGCCGGACUGCUAAAUUCCACAAGAGGGCGCGCUAAUAUUCCAGAAUGUCUAAUUGUCCUGAUGUUCAAGUGUAUUUCCACCCCGGUCCCCAAUCACCCUGCUACUAAUAAAAUAUCUAAUAUAUAAGCAACUAUAAGUUUUCAGGGCUUGGGAAAUGAGAAAAUAGAGCAUAAACAGGAUUUAUUAAACAAGUAACUCAUGACCAUGACAUGAACAAGACGUAUUUCAUUUAAAAAAAUUAUUUUGGGUCAUAAUCUUUUACAAUAUGAUGCAUAAGAAUUUUUUUUAAAACUAGUAAUUUUUUAGGACGGGGUAGUUUAUCUCCUGGAUUUCCUCAACAGAACGAAAUUCUAAUUGUUUCUCUUUCAGCGCAAUCAUAGCGCCCCAAGAAUACCAAUGUGAUCAAAGCCAGUUUAUAUUUAGGUCGAGAUUUUUUCAUGAGAAGACCAACGCAGGCAGAUAGUUCAAUGUUAAAAAGAACGUGUACUUUUAAUCAGUGGCAAAAUGGGCUGCUGAGUAUUUUUUUUUGGGGGGGUGCCUUUUCUCUAGAGAUAGCUUUAUUUACCAGAGAAGAGUCGGGCAUUUUGCUUAUGGUGGAUAUCAUUUCGUCACCUUGACCCGAUAUUGUGAAACUAAUUUUCAUUCUCCACAGAAAGGAUACAAACGGAGAGAGAAUUAUGUAUUCCAAGGACCCCUAAAAUGUUUAAAACAAAAACGGAACCCCUUCCACAAAAAGGGCAUCUGAUUUGGGAGAUCUUAGUUGUCUCCGAAAACGCACUUUUAGGUAAAAACACCAAAGAUCAGAGUUGGUUUCCUCCGCCUUUCUCCUUCUGCAUAAAUAUGGAUUCGAAAUUUGGCAUUGUGUAAUCCAAUAAACUAGACACAUUCAAAGUCAUCCCUACCAAAUGAAUGUUGGGCGCAUUGUUUUCCAGUGGAUUUUUAAAAUAUUUUAUUUUAUAAAAAGGAGUUCAUUGUUACUCCAGUUACCUAGAAUAGCCUUUCCGCCUGAAAUAAACGGAAGUGUUCUGAAAUAAAAUGAAAUGUUUUUUUUAAAAAAAACCACCACCAUUAUGUUGAAACACAAAUGAAAUUAAUAUUUGCCAUUUAAGAUCCAUAAUAAACGGGAUGGUGUAAGAUGAAUCUAUUUUGGGAAAGAAUAAUGUAGAAAAGGUUAAUGUUUGGUGUGGGGCUUUUCCCCCACUGUUAAAUUAACGCACGCCUUGUCAGACACCGCAUGAAGACUAAACUACACGGUUAGAAUUCUCCCUCACCCCUCCCCUCCCCUCCCAUUUAUAUUAAGACCUUGUUUUGAAAAUUAAAAAAAUGUAACAUUGUGGUUGGGGCUAUAUGCGUAUUAUAUAUACUCUGCUCAUUAAAUUAGUUGGAUAUUUAAAA